AUGUUCAAGAGCAGGGGCGUCAUGUCAGGGCCAAAGCCGACUAAGGCUUGCGUCAAUUGCCGACGACUAAAGUGUGCUGAGAUCAUCUUAGAUGAAAUGCGAAGUCUCGGGUGCACCUCCAUGCCGCCGCUGUCGUCACAAUCAAAUACCUUGUAUAUUCAAACCUCGCGCCAAUGUAAGUAUUGCACAGUAGCAUGUGGAGUAUCUACAGCAUUGAGACACCCGAGCUUACACUUUUUUUUACAAAUUUGGAAGGCAUCAGCAUUGCAUGAAUUGAUUGAUGAAGCCCACGGCGAGCUCGUCAAUUCUCAACGGCCAGCAUUUGAUCAGCAAGUCAUUCUUAACCGACUCGAUCGAAUCGAGGCCGCAUUAGGAAUUAGCAAUUCUGCGUCACCGUCAGUCACUUUGACUGAAACUGGAGACGAUGAACGUCUGGACGACAAUGCAUUCAUGCAAGGUCUGUGGAACGCAAUGGCAGAUCUGAGGACGAUAACGCGCCCAGUUCCAGAGGAAAGGAUAUGGUCAAGACCAGUCGUGAGAAGUCUGUGGAGCGCGUUUCUCGAGAAUUUACCGCUCCUCCACUUCCUCAAAGAUAGAAUAGUGUUUGAGUUGCCCACACCUUUGCUUCUAGCCUCAGUGCUUUACAUCUCUGCGCUGCUCAGCAAACAACCAGACCUUGCAGUGACGGAAUCUGGUUACUUCAACGCCAUGUGUUGUGCAAUAUCCCAAUUGAUCAAUCCUUGUACUAGGAGGCUUUCGGCAUCAACAGGAGGCACCGCAAAGGAGGCCUACUCAACGGUUUCGUCAGUUCAUAAACAAGAUGAAGUCUUCCAUAAUAUUCUCGGCUUGAUCAUGGCCACUCUAAGCUCUGAGGCAUUUGUCAACUCCACAGGCUCAUGGAUUGCAAUUGCCUAUAGACUUUGGCUUGAUCAUUGCCCUGCUGAGGCGGAUCCCAAUCAUUCUGACUGGCGGGCUCUAUUCUGUGGCCUACAGCUCAUCGACAUUGAGCAUGCUUCAAUGCAUAUGACAUAUCCGUUGCUACCUCGCCAGCCGCCAAGAUUCAGAUCUCAGCGACUCGAUACACAUGAGGGCAACGCUUUUCAAGAUCUCGCUAAUAUGAUGCAUUACGGUCUGAGUCAUUUUGUUGGCAAAGGACUGCCAACAAUCUGGUGUGCAAUCAAUACCGACCUCGCCGCAGAUACGCCUUCACUCGAAUCGAAUUUUUCAAGCCAUGAUUCCGAUGUCAUUCGACUGUGGGCGCGCAAGUUGGAUGAUUGGCUUGUGCGGUAUAACGGCACCUCACAACCUAGUCCGUCAGAUCGACAGGGAAUUUUGAUUUUACUGCAAUAUCAUUUGCACAAGCUCUAUGUGCUCUCUAUAUACUACCCAGCCCGGGGGUUUGACUUGAGUGCCGCAAAGAUCACCCCAGCCGAAAGGCACGAGUUGCUCGUCUCGGCUAGAGCCGUGCUGCGACUACGGCAAGAUGAUACCAGUAUUUGGUCCAACUGGGAUUUGAUCAUGAUAACAUGGGCUGCAAUGCUACUAUUGCGCGGCGUGGAAGACGGCAUGACGCAUCAAGAUGAUCUUCACCUCAUCCAAGCUCAUUUUCAAAGUCUGGAAAGAAGUCACCCGUCGACAAUGAGCAUUCACACCGUCUUGUCUCGGCGACUAGAGUCAAACAUGCAAGCAAUGCACACCCCUCCAAAUCACGGCUCCGUGCUCGCCUUUCCCGGUCCGAUAACCGACGACUCCUGGACCAUCUUCGACCAAGAAAUCAUGUUCCUUGCCAACCCAUCUUGGCUGUACCAGGAAAGUGCGGCUCUGCCGGAUCCCCAGAAAGCCUCGACUUCGACGCUGCCCGUUGUCCCAUCGGGAUCCACGUAUGACUCUGGGCUUCUGGUCGACAAUGGCCAGCAAUUACACUCUGGCGCCCAAUGGAGUGAUAGUGAUCCGGGUCAUUUACGACAUUCCAUGCCGUCCGUAUUGAAUUGA